UGCCAGCAGCUGCUCCCCAUGCUCCUGCUCUGCAGCCAGGCCAAGAUUGAAAGCUCAGCACACUGUCGGCAUGUUUUAGCCUCAUGCAGGCGUCCCUCAGAGACCCCAGAGCAGUGGACAGUAAUGUGAAAACGAUACUCAUGUCGUGUCUGAAAGGGCAACAGGUCAUCAUUAAAAUGGAGGCGAUGAAAAUCAUCCACCCGGAGAAGUUUUCGGAGCUGCAGGCCUCGCAGCCGCGCUACGCGCCGGCCCCACGCCGUGAGCCGCCCCUCGUGGCCAAGCGUGCAUGGCCCUCCGAGUCCGAGAUCAUCGUCAACCAGGCGUGUGGGGACAUCCCUGCCUUGGAUGCCACCCCCGGCCCCCUGCCGCUGCCCCGGACUCCCCCCCUGCCGCGGCGAGAGCGCGGGUACCAGAGCCAGCGGAAGGGCAGCUCAGAGGUCUGCUACCACCGGCAGCCACCGUCGGAUGAGGUGAUCGUCAACCAGUACGUGCUGCACCCCUCGACGCCCUGCGAGCCCCUGGAGUGCCCCACCUGCGGCCACAUGUACAACUUCACCAACAAGCGGCCCCGCAUCCUCUCCUGCCUGCACUCGGUGUGUGAGGAAUGCCUGCAGAUCCUCUACGAGUCCUGCCCCAAGUACAAGUUCAUCUCCUGCCCCACCUGCAAGCGGGAGACCGUCCUCUUCACCGACUACGGGCUGGCGGCGCUAGCCGUCAACACCAGUAUCCUCAACAGACUGCCGGCCGAGGCCCUGGCCACCAACCCCGUCCAGUGGAGCAGCGACACCGACCGCAGCUGCUACCAGACCUUUCGCCAGUACUGCGGGGCUGCCUGCACCUGCCACAUCCGAAACCCGCUGUCUUCCUGCACCAUCAUGUGA